AUGGCGACCGCUCGGCUGUCGCCAACGGCGAAUCUUCUCCGGAAGUCGCGUCUUUUCGCGCUUCCUAAAGCUUUACAGCCUCCUCAAGACCCUCCCUCAUCCAAAGCGGUGUUCGAGUCGGAAACCGCGACACUUCCUCACCCGAUCCGGGCCUCGAUCGUAACUCCCCAGAGGACGCUUGCCCGUGGCGAUUGGGGCCUGAAACGUCCUCUUCCAGCCAAGUCAACGUCGGAAAAAUCAUCGAGACCCGUUGUUCGCCUACUCGCGCUCGAUACCUACGAACAUGUCACGGAUUUCGAGUCGGCGGCCGACCACACUAUGACCCUCGAAAAAUUCCAGGAGCUGCACAUGCCUAUGUCUCUGCCUGCCAAAGUCAACUAUGCCACAAGCAUUGUGCCUCGUCAUCAAAGCCCCUUCGAGACGCAUGUCGAUAACACCGAGACCAGCACCGGACUUGGAGAGCCCGGUGCGAAGCAAUACCGUCACUCCGGCCCGUGGUUGGCCGGUAUGACCCAGGCGGAAUUUGCGGCCUAUCUCGCUCAGAUCACCAGAAAGAAGCCCGAGUUGGUACAGAAGCUUCGAGAGCGUCUUGUGGCCAAACGCACGGCCGAGGCUCGCAAGCAGGCGCAGGACAAUGGCCAAGAUUUGGAGAACCUGCAGGUGCCCCAAGUCACGGACGAGGAAUUCCAGACAUACAUCAAGACCCUACGAAAUGAUCCAUUCUCACUCGGUCCUGUUGUCUUCGAUUUGCUGGACCUACCGUCCUCUCCGGCCGUUCCCAGUGAACGCAUUGGACGCAAAUACUACCAGUCCCCCGCUACCAAGCUGUCUGCAGCUGAGUACGCUGUGACUGGCCCUCCCAAGACACACCCAUCUGCUGGUCUUUCUUACACGAGAUCACACGCCUUGACAUACAACCAUCCUCAGUACGGUCCUCAAGCCUACCAACGUCCCGUUGAGGCUCGUAUUCUGAGACCAAAGGGUCGAUUCCGUGGCCGCAUGUCGCGCGCCAUUGCGGGUAUUGGUGGUAUUGCUGUCGAAGACUUGAAUGCCAUGACCUUCAUGGACCAAGGCUCGCCACCUGGCUUGACCUUCUUCGAUGCCACCAUUCCUGGGGGUGCGAAGUACUGGGUCACGCCGAUUCGCGCCGCCGUCGAUUCAGAUGGCCGUAUUGGUCUGUCAUCUUACCGCGCCGGUGCUUCCUCCAAAGCCCCAUAUGGCAUUGAGGAUUACAAGAAGCCUGGUCCCGCCAGCAUCACUGAUGCCGCCCACCGCCACACCAACACGGUACCUCGCUUGGACCGACCACGGUACCAACAGCGGCCACAGGCCGGCCGACAGCCCAUGAAGGGCACAGAGGACAUUGCCCGCCUCCUGAUGAAUGACCUUCGAGCGGGUGCUCAAAAGAAGGAUAGCAGCGCAUGA